AUGUGGCGACUUGGUCCUUCCGCAUCUGCUGUUGUUGCCCCACUGUUAGGCACCACCCGGCGUGAGAUUCACGGCGAUGUGCGUCAUCACAACACCGACACGAACAACACCCGCAUUCCGUGGGAUUUCACCACCGCGAGUUACGAGGAGAUCAAUAACGUCAUUCUCCCAAAGUUCCCGCGUAGCCGGCGAAAGAGUGCGGUGAUUCCACUCCUGCAUCUCGCACAGCGGCAGCAGGGCGGUUAUAUCCCAGUGACCGCUAUGUAUAAAAUUGCCCGCAUCUGCGAAGUACCGCCCAUGCAGGUGUUUGAAACCGUCACAUUUUACUCUAUGUUUAAUCGGCAGCCGGUGGGAAAAUAUCAUGUGCAGUUCUGCGUUACCACACCGUGUAUGCUGUGCGGCUGCGAUGACCUUGUGCACCGCACCGAGGCAUACCUGAAUGUCAAGAUGCACGGCACAACAAAGGAUGGUCUCAUCACACUUGGUGAGAUGCAGUGUCUGGGGGCGUGUGUGAAUGCUCCAAUGCUUGUUGUGAGUGAUUACAGUCGUCCUCCACACUUCUCAUACGACUUUGUGGAGGAUCUCACCUGGGAUGCGGUGAAACAACUCAUUGAAUGUCUGCGUGAGGGACGGCCGUACAAGGUAGGUCCACAACGUCCAGAUCGUAAGUGUGCAGAUCCGGCGGGAGGUAGAACAUCACUGUUCAUAAAGGAACCUCCCAAACCUUACUGUAGAGAUAUUGACGCAAAACCUGAACCUGCUGCCGCUAAGAAAUAG